GGCAAGUUCAUUAGGAUUAACUUUGAUGUUACUGGUUAUAUUGUUGGGGCCAACAUUGAGACAUACUUGUUGGAAAAGUCUCGGGCUGUUCGUCAGGCUAAAGAUGAACGGACAUUUCAUAUCUUCUAUCAACUACUAGCUGGAGCAGGAGAACACCUGAAGUCUGACUUGCUGCUUGAAGGAUUUAACAAUUACAGAUUUUUAUCUAAUGGCUACAUCCCCAUUCCUGGGCAACAAGACAAGGAUAACUUUCAGGAGACUAUGGAAGCCAUGCAUAUCAUGGGAUUUUCACACGAUGAGAUCUUGUCAAUGCUGAAGGUGGUGUCUUCAGUGCUACAAUUUGGAAAUAUUUCCUUUAAGAAGGAGAGAAAUACCGAUCAAGCUUCUAUGCCAGAGAAUACUGUCGCACAGAAACUCUGCCAUCUACUGGGAAUGAACGUAAUGGAGUUCACCCGUGCCAUACUGACACCGCGCAUCAAAGUUGGCAGAGACUACGUUCAGAAAGCCCAGACCAAAGAACAAGCAGACUUUGCAGUGGAAGCUUUGGCAAAGGCCACCUAUGAACGCCUCUUCCGCUGGCUUGUUCACCGCAUUAAUAAAGCUUUGGACAGGACCAAACGACAGGGAGCGUCUUUUAUUGGAAUUCUGGAUAUUGCUGGAUUUGAAAUCUUCGAGUUGAACUCCUUUGAGCAACUCUGCAUUAACUACACCAAUGAGAAGCUUCAACAGUUAUUUAACCACACAAUGUUUAUCCUGGAGCAAGAGGAGUACCAACGAGAGGGUAUAGAGUGGAAUUUCAUUGACUUUGGACUGGAUCUGCAGCCUUGCAUUGACUUAAUCGAAAGACCUGCAAAUCCUCCUGGUGUGUUAGCGUUACUGGAUGAAGAAUGCUGGUUCCCUAAAGCUACUGACAAGACGUUUGUGGAAAAAUUGGUCCAAGAGCAAGGAACGCAUUCCAAGUUCCAAAAGCCAAGACAGCUAAAGGACAAAGCAGAUUUCUGCAUUAUUCACUAUGCGGGGAAGGUAGACUACAAGGCAGAUGAGUGGUUGAUGAAGAAUAUGGACCCCCUGAAUGAUAAUGUGGCUACACUCUUGCACCAGUCUUCUGACAAAUUUGUUGCAGAGCUUUGGAAGGAUGAGAUUCAGAAUAUUCAGAGAGCCUGUUUCUAUGACAAUAUUACUGGUCUUCAUGAUCCACCAGUGGAUCGUAUUGUGGGUCUGGAUCAGGUCACUGGAAUAACAGAGACAGCUUUUGGCUCUGCGUACAAGACCAAGAAGGGCAUGUUUCGUACUGUUGGCCAACUGUACAAAGAAUCUCUCACCAAGCUGAUGGCAACGCUCCGAAACACUAAUCCCAAUUUUGUUCGCUGCAUCAUUCCAAAUCAUGAAAAGAGGGCUGGAAAAUUGGAUCCACAUCUGGUUCUAGAUCAGCUUCGUUGCAACGGUGUUUUGGAAGGAAUAAGGAUUUGUCGACAAGGAUUUCCAAACAGGAUAGUGUUCCAGGAAUUUAGACAGAGGUAUGAGAUCCUUACUCCCAAUGCAAUCCCAAAAGGUUUUAUGGAUGGUAAGCAAGCCUGUGAGCGUAUGAUCAGAGCAUUAGAGCUGGACCCCAACUUAUACAGAAUUGGACAGAGCAAGAUCUUUUUCCGAGCUGGUGUCUUGGCACACUUAGAAGAAGAACGAGAUCUGAAGAUCACAGACAUUAUCAUCUUCUUCCAGGCAGUCUGUAGAGGAUACCUGGCCAGGAAGGCCUUUGCAAAGAAACAACAGCAACUGAGUGCACUGAAAAUCCUGCAGAGGAAUUGCGCUGCAUAUUUAAAGCUUAGGCACUGGCAGUGGUGGAGAGUCUUCACGAAGGUGAAGCCUCUUCUUCAGGUCACUCGUCAAGAAGAAGAACUUCAAGCCAAGGACGAGGAGCUAAUGAAGGUGAAAGAAAAACAGACAAAAGUGGAGGCAGAACUUGAGGAAAUGGAAAGGAAACAUCAACAGCUUCUAGAAGAGAAGAACAUUCUUGCAGAGCAGCUACAGGCUGAGACAGAGCUCUUUGCAGAAGCUGAGGAGAUGAGGGCUCGCUUGGCUGCCAAAAAACAAGAGUUGGAAGAAAUUCUCCAUGAUUUGGAGUCAAGGGUUGAGGAGGAAGAGGAAAGAAACCAAAUAUUGCAGAAUGAGAAGAAGAAAAUGCAGGGCCAUAUUCAGGACCUGGAGGAACAGCUUGAUGAGGAGGAGGGAGCUCGACAGAAGUUGCAGCUUGAAAAAGUGACAGCUGAAGCUAAGAUCAAGAAGAUGGAGGAAGAGAUCCUACUGUUGGAGGACCAAAAUUCCAAAUUUUUGAAGGAAAAGAAGCUGAUGGAGGAUCGAAUUGCUGAAUGUACUUCUCAGCUGGCUGAAGAAGAAGAAAAGGCCAAAAACUUGGCCAAACUCAAGAACAAGCAGGAAAUGAUGAUCACCGAUUUGGAAGAGCGCUUAAAAAAGGAGGAGAAGACCCGUCAAGAAUUAGAAAAAGCUAAAAGAAAACUUGAUGGUGAAACAACAGACUUACAGGACCAAAUAGCUGAGCUGCAAGCCCAGAUUGAAGAACUGAAGAUCCAGCUGGCCAAGAAAGAGGAAGAACUGCAGGCUGCUCUUGCGAGAGGUGAUGAAGAAGCAGUUCAGAAAAACAAUGCACUGAAAGUGAUAAGAGAGUUGCAGGCUCAAAUUGCAGAACUCCAGGAGGAUCUUGAAUCUGAGAAGGCAUCACGCAACAAGGCGGAAAAGCAGAAAAGAGAUUUAAGUGAAGAGUUGGAGGCUUUAAAAACUGAACUGGAAGAUACCUUGGAUACCACUGCAGCACAGCAAGAGCUGAGGACAAAGCGAGAGCAGGAGGUGGCUGAACUGAAGAAAGCAAUUGAAGAGGAAACCAAAAACCAUGAAGCACAGAUCCAGGAAAUCAGGCAGAGGCAUGCUACUGCGCUGGAAGAGCUCUCUGAACAGCUUGAACAGGCCAAAAGGUUCAAAGCAAAUCUUGAAAAAAACAAGCAAGGCCUAGAGUCUGACAACAAGGAAUUAGCCUGUGAAGUGAAGGUACUGCAGCAGGUCAAGGCAGAGUCUGAACAUAAGAGGAAGAAGCUUGAUGCUCAGGUACAAGAGCUAACUGCUAAGGUCACAGAAGGAGAAAGACUGAGGGUGGAACUGGCGGAGAAAGCUAACAAGCUGCAGAACGAGUUGGAUAAUGUCUCAAGUCUCCUGGAGGAAGCAGAGAAGAAAGGCAUUAAGUUCGCCAAGGAUGCGGCUAGUUUGGAAUCUCAGCUUCAGGAUACACAGGAGCUGCUUCAGGAAGAAACCCGACAGAAACUCAACCUGAGCAGUAGGAUUAGGCAGCUGGAAGAGGAGAAGAACAACCUGCAAGAGCAGCAGGAAGAGGAAGAGGAGGCCAGAAAGAACUUGGAGAAACAGAUGCUCGCCUUGCAGUCCCAGUUGGCUGAUGCUAAGAAAAAGGUAGAUGAUGACUUGGGAACCAUUGAAGGCUUGGAGGAAAAUAAGAAGAAAUUAUUGAAGGACAUGGAGUCCUUAAGCCAGCGCCUAGAGGAGAAGGCAAUGGCUUAUGACAAACUGGAAAAGACAAAGAAUCGCCUGCAACAAGAGCUGGAUGACUUGAUGGUAGAUCUAGAUCAUCAGCGCCAGAUUGUUUCUAACUUGGAGAAAAAGCAGAAGAAGUUUGAUCAGAUGCUGGCAGAAGAAAAGAACAUUUCUGCCAGAUAUGCAGAGGAAAGAGAUCGUGCUGAAGCAGAAGCAAGGGAGAAGGAAACCAAAGCACUGUCUCUGGCUCGGGCUUUGGAAGAAGCCCUGGAAGCUAAGGAAGAAUUUGAAAGACAGAACAAACAGUUGCGUGCAGAUAUGGAAGACUUAAUGAGCUCUAAAGAUGAUGUGGGCAAAAAUGUUCAUGAACUGGAGAAGUCAAAGAGAACUUUAGAGCAACAGGUUGAAGAGAUGAGGACUCAGCUUGAGGAACUGGAAGAUGAACUGCAGGCCACAGAAGAUGCUAAGCUCCGUUUGGAGGUGAACAUGCAAGCUAUGAAAGCCCAGUUUGAGAGAGAUCUGCAAGCCAGAGAUGAACAGAAUGAAGAGAAAAAGAGGAUGCUGGUUAAACAAGUGCGAGAGCUGGAGGCAGAACUGGAAGAUGAGCGCAAACAGAGGGCUCUUGCUGUGGCAGCCAAGAAGAAGAUGGAGAUGGAUCUGAAAGACUUGGAAGGUCAGAUAGAAGCUGCAAACAAGGCUCGAGAUGAAGCAAUCAAACAGCUACGUAAGCUCCAGGCUCAAAUGAAAGACUACCAGCGGGAGCUGGAAGAAGCCCGUGCAUCCAGAGAUGAGAUCUUUGCGCAGUCCAAAGAGAGUGAAAAGAAGCUCAAAGGUCUUGAAGCAGAAAUACUUCAGCUCCAAGAGGAGUUUGCUGCAUCUGAAAGAGCCCGUCGUCAUGCUGAGCAAGAAAGGGAUGAGUUGGCUGAUGAGAUUGCAAACAGUGCUUCAGGAAAGUCAGCACUGCUGGAUGAGAAGCGCCGGCUGGAAGCUCGUAUUGCACAGUUGGAGGAAGAGCUUGAGGAAGAGCAGAGUAACAUGGAGCUUCUCAAUGAGCGGUUCCGAAAGACCACGCUGCAGGUUGACACACUUAAUUCUGAGCUAGCUGGGGAGCGGAGUGCUGCCCAGAAGAGUGAAAAUGCACGGCAACAGCUGGAACGGCAGAACAAAGAGCUGAAAGCCAAGCUGCAGGAACUAGAGGGAUCUGUGAAGUCUAAGUUCAAGGCAACAAUUUCUACUCUAGAAGCCAAGAUUGUGCAGCUAGAAGAACAGCUUGAGCAGGAAGCCAAGGAAACAGCAGCUGCUAACAAAUUGGUGCGUCGUACAGAGAAGAAAUUGAAAGAAGUCUUCAUGCAGGUGGAGGAUGAGCGUCGACACGCAGACCAGUACAAGGAGCAGAUGGAAAAAGCAAAUGCCAGAAUGAAGCAGCUCAAACGCCAGCUGGAGGAGGCUGAAGAGGAAGCCACACGUGCAAAUGCUUCCCGACGUAAACUUCAGCGUGAGCUGGACGAUGCCACAGAAGCUAACGAGGGCCUGAGCCGAGAGGUCAGCACCCUGAAAAACAGGCUAAGGAGGGGGGGCCCCAUCACCUUCUCCUCGAGUCGAUCUGGGAGACGCCAGCUGCACAUUGAAGGGGCCUCUCUAGAGCUCUCGGACGAUGAUGCGGAGAGCAAAGGCAGCGACGUGAACGAAGCGCAGCCGGCCCCUGCUGAGUAGAGCCCUGUCACACUAUUUGCAUGCAGAGACCUCUUACACAGUAGUCGGCAGGAGGAGGACUUUCCUGACCACCGAACUGCCUUGUGGCCGUAAAUCUGCCUUACGAAACGUCGGCAUGCUACAAGGUUACUUAUCAUAGGUCAACUAUGUCUUAAGGCUCUCCAGCCUCACCAUACUGUACCCUGCUUCAGAUAUAGGUACAACUGCUUUUUUAUAUAUAGUAAACAAAAUGGGAUCGUCUCUGUUCAGUGCAUCUAUUUUCCAGAUACUCAUUGUAAAGCCAUUUUAUAAAGCAUCAUGUGAAGGAUGAAACUUUUUUUUAUCAACACAGAAACUUCAUUCCCAGAGGGUAGGUGGUUGGGACAGACCCAUUGUCAUGACUAUGCAUGCUUUGUUGUACAGACAACAUCCUUCCAUUUCUUCUGUGCUCGGACGGCCCUUGGCUGUAUUGAGUCUGUUGGAUCAUUGAAGACCAAACUGCACCUGUAUCUUUCUUUUCUCCUAAUUGUUGUGAUCAGCACACAAUCAGCGAGUGAACUGUGAAAAGGCCUUGGGAAGUGUUAGAGGGAAAUGUAGGGAUGAAUGAGUAGUGUCCAUUUUUAACCUGCAAUAUCAUUUUGAAGUGUUCUCAGCACCUGCUUCAUCAGUUAGUGUUCCUGCAGUACAGGCAAACUGAAAUAGCAUCACCGUUCCUCAUCUGUACAGUACUUCUGCGUUUGUAGAGACCUGCUAUUACCAUGCCCAACAGAUCUGUAU